GAAAAUGGGCGUGGAGCGACCAGUCCUGUCAAGCUGCGUAUUUUAAAGGCUGCAGUUGAUGUGUUGGGGAAAUUCUUUGGGCUCUUCUUAAAUGGUCUAAAACAAUCUUCCUGAGUGUCUUUAAACUGGGAGAAGUCAUUAGGUGUUGACAUUUCGCUGAGUUCAAGACUUUAACGGACUGCAGUCGCAGAUAUGAGCUUAUUUGGAUUUAUUUUGGUUGUUCUUACUCAUUUAUCGAGCGCUAUUCCUCUUCACGUAGAUGCCAUCAUAGUACAGAUCCAGCAUUGGGGAGUGGUGGGACACCAGCAUGUCACAGAGCAAGUUCUGCUCAAUGGAGUCUCUCUCUUAAACCCAAACCAAGAGGUCAAAAGUAUUAUUAAAAGCAUGUCCACCCAUGCCCUUCUACCAGCUGGAAUUGACAACAACCCAACUACGGCUCUGAACAAUCAUACCAUUCUUCGGUCUCGGGAAUGCAUCAUAGAGGGGUCGCGGCUCCACUGGGCUGACCGGGUGUUUUACAAUGGCAAGGUUUUUCUCACCCUUGAGCACAACGACACCUGGGCAGCCCAUUUACCAGAGGCAACAGCUCUAAGACAGCUAUGGAACCAGGAGCACUCGCAGAUGGAGAGGAGACACCUGCAGGAGGGAUGCACAAAGCUGAUGAAGGAGCUGAAGCUUUCAGAGGAACAGUCAGCUCAAGAAGUUCCUCUGCCCAGAUAUUUGGUUCCUAUUUUGGCUGUGACUGCAUUUUUAAUGCUAAUUGUAAUGACCAUUCUUCUCUCCAGAAGCCCAGGUCUAAGAAACCCUGGAGGUGUAAUUGGCUCCAUUAUCCAUUACCCCAAGGAUAUGACUGACACUGCUCCUACAAAGAAAGGUUCUUACAGUACACUGUGACUCAAAGGCUUAUGAAUAAAUGGUUGUAGCAUAUUGCUUGUAAAUGCUGUUUCUUUGUUUUGUUUAUUUGUAUUUUUCUCUAUUUUUGUUUGUUUUCUGUAUGCUCUGUUUAUCGUAUAGCAUACUUUUAGAAAAAGUAACAGAGGUGCUUGGUAAACUGAUCAUUUGUGAAAUUAUUGUCCAAACUAAUAAAUUUUUUACACCAAAACCUGGUUUGUCCCUGACAACACUCUUAAAUCAUUAAUUAAUCACAGCUCUGUCAGUAUUUAUCAAAUAAUGGUUUAUUGUUGUUACUAAAGUCUGCAGCAUUAUAAAAAUGCUGUAAAUCUGAUCAAACUCCAAAUAACUUUCCUAUUAACAUAUACAUCAUAAUUGAUUAUAAAUUACUGAUGGUGGGAAUCACCCUAUAGUUUAACUGGGAAUUAUAUUUAAACAAAAAUACUUCAUAUUUAUUAGGCAAAACUCUUAUAACACUGUGGCUGCUUCUUUAGGUUUGAAACAAGGCUAAGGAUUUGUGCAUAGUUGGAAAAAAAUCUGUCUUUCAGCAGGAAUAUUCUAUAAAAAGUAGUUUAUGAGCAAGAAAAAACUUUCAGAGUUCAAAUGCAAAGUUAAUCAUUUAUGCAGGAUUUCUUUUGUGAGUGCAUUUUAGGUAAAUGUAGGUUGACUUGGACAAUGGUUGACAAUGUAGAGGUGCACAAGGGUGCUGUAAACUUACAU